CGCAGCAGCGGCCAAAGAGAGACGAGGAAAACACCGGGAUCCAGCGAGCCGCCGGCAUCGACGCGGCAGCGGCAGAAAAGAAACGCCGAGAACAGCGAGCCGCCGGCAUCGACGCAGCAACGGCAGAGGAGAAUCGCUGAAAAGAUAAGAUAACAGCAUAAACGCAGCAACGGCAGAAGAGGACCGCUGAGAACAGCAAUCAAAUCCAGUAACGCCGCGCCAGCAGCGGAAAAGAGAGGCGAAAGUCACCGGCGCAGCUACAGACGCCGAAAGAGAGGGGAAACGACGGCGCCGGCCCUCUGCCGCCGCGGCAGAUGACGACGCUAGCCGCCCACGCUGACGCUAGAUCGGAGAGCCAGCAGAACGCCGGCUCUGAGCUGGGAAAUGGGAAGGAGAAAAAAAAAGUCGUUUGGAAGCAGUCGUAGGAGUCGGACGUGUUUGCGGAUAAAAUUCGAGUGGCGUACGAAAAGUAAGACACGUGGCGAACCAGAUCCACGCCAACGCGAUCAGUGACACAGAGGAGAUCCUGCAUCUACGCCGUACCCACGGGGAAGAGGAGGCUUUCAACGAAUACAAGCGUGGGAGUUCAGGGAAUCGACUGAAAACAUGAAGCGUCUAAGAGACGGAAGGCAAGCUCGGCCCCUAGGGGAAAAUGGUGAUACGACGGGACACCCUAGCGGAGACCAGCUGCCUGAAGUCCCGGCACCUGCCGACGAACCAACGACAAACCGGGCUCGCGGCUGGAUCGUCGACCCCAAUGGGCCAUGCGCCUCCCGUCAAGCCCAGCUGAGGCGGGUGGGAGAGGCGACACUUCGAAAACAGGACAGGAUGCCAUGGGGGAGGAUCGACCAACAAACCCAGGGCCCGGGGACCGACGCCGAAGAGGAAGUAGAGCCCGAUGGCCGCUUCGCAACCGCAGGUGUCCGCUCGGCGCCCAAUCACGACGUCGCCGCCCUGAAUCGCCGUUGGUUUGGGAGUUAUGGGGCUGCCAUCGACGAAGACAACGCGACCACGGACACCGACGAGCACGAGACAAUAAUACGCGAUGCUCAAAGCCUGGCGUCCACGCUGCAGGACGAAGGGAACAGACACCCACUGGCUCGCGGGAACGAAUGGGACUCGCCCCUUUGGGCCGAGUGGAACCUGGCCAGUCUAGGUCGGGUAGCCACCCCUCUAGCAGUACACGACUAGGACGAAUCCGGGGACGGUGCUGGACCACACUACUCCGACGUGUCCCACGCAAGCGAUGCAGGGGAAGGAGUAGGACCCCAACGCGACGACGGAGGGUCCGAUUCCAGGUCCCUCAUGAGCCUGGGCUUCGCGCCCCAGGCGAACCAGCAGUGGGCACCAGCCAACCCAUCGGUGUCAGAUGACGUCCUGCCUCCCCUCGUGGCCGCCCACGCCGGACUACCCCCACAACGUCCCGAUGAGGGAGUAGUUGAUUUCGACUCCGAAGGGAGCCUCCCGCUGGAGUAUGGCGAGAUGGCCGACCUGCUGCAGAUCCUCCGGCCCUACGGUAGCCGCGGUGCAGGACGACCCGGAAUGGGCAGAGGCUCCCCCGAACGGCGGACCAACGCGCUAGGUCGACAGUUGCCCCGGGACCACAUAUCCAACAUCACCGUAUUCUUACGCGAUCGCGCCUACCGACUGGGAGUCCGGCGACUGGAGGUCCAUGACGGCACUUGCAUCCGCAUAAAGAUUACCCGCAGCCGGGCCGUCACCGUCACUCUUCGGCACCCCCGAAGUAUGGAGGGGGUGUGAGGGAGCGUACGCUCCACCCACAUUUUUUCCGCCCAUCAGUUCGCCGUCAUUUUCCCAUUGGAUGGACCCGAGAUUACGUUAUUAGAAUUAAGAUUUUUGACUUUUCUUUAUUGACUUUUCAGUUUUAGGUUAAG